AUGCAAGCUUUUGUAGUGGAUCGUGAAAAAGACGAUUUUUGCCGAUAUGUAGCUUAUUAUGAGGAUCUCUGCUCAGGUGAGGUAUUCUUUUAAGUGCAUGCGUUUGGUAGGUAGUGUUAUUGAUCUAUUUCUCGUCUCUUUUUCUCACAAUAGCUGUUGCGGUCACGAACUUCUCAACCAUUACAUUUGGUGGAAUAUCUGGAUCUCUCAAAUCUUGGCUUAGGUAGGCGAGACAAGAAGCAGUUUAUUUGCCAUAAUCGAAUACAAUAUUGCUAAAUUUUUUUAUAUGCUUUAGUUUCUCUCGAAAGGUUGGAAUUAUGCCCAAAGUUAAAGACGGCAAUCCUUCGUGGAAACAGAAUUGAAGCGGCGCCCGAUCUUCGAUAUUGCCCUCAGCUGUGGAAAGUUGACCUCGCCAACAACACGGUAAAUUUGAUCAAUGUAUAUGCCCUUAGGGUUGUCUGAUGUCAAUUGGAAUUCGUUACUCUUACUGCACUCACACAAAAACGUGUUAUUGUUCUUCACCUGCAAAUCGCAUAAAAAGUGUUUGUAAUAAUCUUCUUGAUCGUUAAUCUUGAUCGGUCAUCAUGCUGCAGGUACUUAGAAAUGUACAAGAGGCAAGAUUACACGCAUGAAUUUAAUUUAGAAAUCACUCAAGCGCCACGCAGCUAAAGAAGUUUUCAGAAUCAAAACACUCUUUUCUUUCUUGUCUCAGUUCUUCUUUUAUUCAUGGCUAUAAACCUAAAGUGGAGUUUAACGCGAACGUGUUGCUGCCUCUAACAAUCUUUAUUCAUAAGAGUUUAUUUACUUUUGUGUUUUGUUUUUAGUUACGGUUUUAUUACAAUGACAUUCAUACAACAGCUCAAACUAAUUGAGAAUUGAAAGCAAUUGUCUCUGUUAAGUCAGGCGUAGUGAAGUUGUUUGAAUUAAGUUAAUUUUGUGCCUGUCAGUGUCCUCAUAACAGUGUAAGCUUAAUUAAUAUUUGAACUUUCGAUAUCAAAUGCAAAUAUGAGUGACAUUUUUCGCCCCACCAGUUGUAAAAAAAACCGGGAUGUGACACGAGGUACCCACAUUCUGAAAAUUUGAACUCUCUUGGUACUCUUUUAUCAUCACGGUUUUACUGUAUAGUGUAAUUUAUGUUACAGUAUUUUCUUACUCUAUUUUGCCCGGUCGCGACAUAUUAGAUUAGUUCUUCAGAACUGAUAAAAAAAUAAAGCAAUACAACAACAACAACAAUAGCCUUUUGCCCCAUGAUAUAUGAGGGAAUCCAAGACCAUCUUGCAUUCUAAAUUUUAUGCUGUGGUUUAAUUCUGGAUUCCAGGUAGUGGAUUUUGGGUUCUUUGUCAGUGAAACUUGUAUUACGAAUUCCAUGAAGCUCAGGGUUACAGAUUACACAAGCAAAAUUUCCUGGAUUCCAGAUUCACAAGCAAAAAUUUCCCAGAUUUUGGGAUCCAGAUUCACUUAAAACAUAAGGGGGCAAAGAUGAUAUCAGGGGGGUACUCCGGAUUUCAAGUGACAGGGAUGAUCUAAUGGGGGCUUAAAACCCCAAAAAAUCCCCAGGGCUUCCAACAAAACCCCAAAACAUCCCUGGACCAAAAAUAACACUAAAAAAAUCCCAUACUGAAUUUUCCAAGCCAUAAAAAUUUCCAGACAGCAUUAAAUGAUAUUACACAAAAAACAGAAACAUUAGUUUUGAAUACCCCAAAAAAUCCCUACUUAAAUCAAGCUACCCAAUAAAAUACACCUGUACUUGCCAAACUUUUCCUACCCACAAAACUCCAGAAAUAAAAAAUUUCAAACCCAAAAAAAUCCUUUGAUCAUCCCUGUCACUUGAAAUCCUGAGUACCUCCACUGGGCAUUUGAUAUCAUGAGCCACGAGCUCUAUUAAGUAAACAAUUAGUAAAGAAAACAAGUGAGCAGAAAUCAGUUUUUUUUUUCAACAACUGAAACCUAUUUUUUUGGCAAGAUUGUUCAUUUAUUGUUAGCUUUUGAUUUUAAUUUGUCUAGGUCAGGAGUCUUGAGGGUUUAUUUUAUGUGGCGGCAUUUGGAACAUUGAUCCUUUCUAAUAAUGACUUGGAUUGGAAUGAGUUACAGAAGAUACGACAUGUUCACAUCCUGGAUCUCACUCUCCAUGGCAACCAGAAACUUGAAGUGGAUGCAUAUUGUAAGUGUUCUGUAAGAGGUUUUACUUCCAAAUAAUUAGCAAACAGAGGAGUGUAAUUCCUCUCCACUAUACUUUCUGGAGACAUUAUAUACCCCAUGAAUUAGAUAGGAUUUUAGCAUGAUAGCAUAUAUAUAGUGACUUAAAAAUUAUCAGUAUUAAUUAUUUCAGUGUUCACUAUAGCUCUUCUACCAGGAUGUGUAAUGUUUGCCACUUUAAUACUACCUACCCAGCCCAUCCUUUGAUGUUGUUCCUUCUUGAGAUCCCAAGCAGGCAUGGAUCUAGGAUAAAUACUGACCAAUUUCCUGAGUGAGCAGCAAAGGUGCAAGCUUCUAGGGAGGC